CGAAAACCUUAUUUAUACGUUGGCGCAUUAAGUUCGCAAGUGAAUGAUGUUGCUUUGAAGGAAAUCUUUAGUAGCGUAGGACCUGUCCUUUCUACCAAAGUGGUUGUCGAUCGCAAUAUGCAACAUCCUGGUUCACUCAAUUAUGGCUUUGUGGAAUAUGCAGAUUUACGUUCAGCUGAAAGUGCUUUGCAAAAUUUGAACGGGAGAAAGAUUGCUGAUUCGGAUAUCAAAGUGGAUUGGGCAGCAAAAAACACUUCUCAUCACUUUCACGUCUUUGUCGGUGAUCUGUCACCUGAAGUGAGUGAUAUUAUGCUCAGGCAAGCUUUCCAGUCGUUCAACAGUUUAAGUGAAGCAAGGGUAAUGUGGGAUAUCAGCAGUGGCAAAUCAAGAGGAUACGGUUUCGUUGCUUUUCGUGAAAGAUCUGAUGCAGAACAAGCAAUCGCAACCAUGAACGGCGAAUGGUUAGGAUCACGAGCAAUCCGAGUAAACUGGGCAAAUCAAAAAGGAACAGGAAAUAACGCUGUUGCUGCAACGUUGGGUGGAAUGGGUGCUUUAGGAUUGGGCGUGACCAGUAUGCCUCCAACAGGAGGAGCUAAUACAGGUCCAACGAUCACAUACGAACAAGCAUUGGCAGGUUCUCCGCACACCAAUACUACCGUCUAUGUUGGAAACAUUCCACCUUUUGCAACACAGAAUGACCUUAUACCACUUUUCCAACAAUAUGGAUACAUUAUGGAAAUUCGAAUGCAAUCAGAUCGUGGAUUUGCGUUUGUCAAGUUGGAUACACAUGAGAAUGCGGCCAAUGCGAUCGUACAAUUAGCCGGUACGUUCGCAUGUGGAAGACCGAUCAAAUGUGGUUGGGGAAAAGAUCGAAAUGAAAGUGCAAUGUUGAAUGCUCUCAGACAAGGAAUGCAAUUGAGCGGUUAUAGUAACUUAGCACCACCAGCGGGAAUGUCUUAUGGAAUGCCGCAAUUUGGCUUCCCA